AUGAGCUCUUUAGAACCUGCUACUACGGCCAAAGUGGCUCUUAUAACAACGAAAGGGCCUAUUGAGAUUGAAUUAUGGGCCAAGGAAGUGCCCAAUAUUACUAGAGUGUUCAUUCAGAAUUGUUUAGAUAAAAAAUAUAUUGGUACAACAUUUAAUAAGGUGAUAAAGGAUUACUUGGUCCAAACAAGCAAAAUCAAAGAACCUGCGACAUUAAAGCUAAAGGAUGAAUUUCAUUCACGUUUGAAAUUCAAUAAGAGAGGUUUGGUGGGUGCUGUGCAUGAUGAUAAACGAAAUUCUAAUAAUGUUGAUUCAUUAUUCAUAACGUUGAAACCUACACCAGAGUUCAAUAACAAUUACGUAUUAUUCGGCAAAAUAAUGGGCGACUCGAUCUACAAUGUAGUAAAAAUCAAUGAAAGUGAGCUUAAAUCGGAGGAAACUCCAAUGUACCCUGCAGAAAUAACAGAUAUUAAGAUCUUGGUACAAUAUUUUGAUGACCUAGUUGAAUCAAAGGAGCAUAUUGCAGAACCUGCGAAGAAGAAAGCAAAGAAAGCGAAGAAGCCUCGUGUCAAAUUAGACUAUACUUUAGAAGAUGAAGAAGAUACGGGAUUCAAAAUGAAAUCAGCUCACGAUUUGCUUUCAGAUUCAAAAUUGUCUAACAAAUUGUAUGCUAAUAAAAAGAAAGGCCCCUCGGAGAAUAACGAGAAACAGAAAACCAUCGAAAAAGCACAGGAUAGCAGUAUGGAAACUAAGAAGAUAGUCCCUGAACGUCCAGAUUACAAAGGUUCUGAGGAGAUAGAAAAUGAAACGAAGAUUACUUCAUCUGAGAAUAUGAACCAUGAAACCAAGCAAGACAAGCCUAAUUAUAAAGCUAAAUUAGAUAGGAAUCCAAAUAUUGAUUCUGAUUAUGAUUCUGAUUUAGACCUAUCAUCUUCUGAAUCAAUUGACCUAUUUGCAUUUAAGCAAAGUAACUUUCAAAGUAGCUAG